GGAGGAUUGUCGGGUGCUCAAAGGAGUUCAUCGUCCUUUUACAACGAGCUGUUCUAGAUUGUUCAUCUUAUGCCCACAAAGGUUGAAGAUAGCUUAUAAGAAGUUCUUUAAAAGCUCCGAAGAGUAAAACUCUUUGUCAUUUCAAAGCAAUGGCAUCAGAAGCAUGGAGGAACGGCAAGUUAGUGACACCUCUCUUCCUAUUCCUUCUCUUUCAUUUGCAAAUAAGUGUCAUAUCAGCCAAGUGUAGACACGAUUCACACGUCCUCAAAAGCGAAUCUCUCGGUUUACACUCAAAACAACUUGACACCACCUUUCCCGGAGUUCGUUCUCCUGCUAAAUCUGCAGCUCUACCCGCCCUGACCCAAUCGCCCGAGGGCAUUUCUCGUUGGCGUCGAGCUCUCUCAGGACCGGAUCUCAGCGCGGCUGCCUCCGGCGGCGGCUAUGGGGGAUACGGCGGAGGGGGAUACGGCUACAACUCCUGCGAUUGUUCCGGCUACGACCUGAUCGGACUGAUCGCCGGUGGCGCCGCCCUAGCGGCGGUCGCCACGUUUCUCAUUAAUCAGCUGAUUAAUGGCGGCGGCGGCCGGGCGCUUGGUUUAAACUGGCUGCCAGAUGGAGUUGUGAAGAUAAUGGCAGAAAUGGUGCCGCAGCCGACCGAGAUGUUUGCGUUGAAGGCGGUCGAUCGGACCUGUGACGUCAUCAGCGAUAUGGAGCGGAGGCAGAUCAGUGUGGUGGAGAACAGGGAAGGAGAGUCCAGAGACGGCGACUGCGAGUGUUUCCCGGGGAUAGCAGGGGCCCUGGCCGGUUUCGCAGCGCUAGGAGCCCUCAUCGCCUUCGCCUUGGCCCAGGUCAUAGCCAAUGGAGGUGGAGGUCGCUCGUUGGAUAGCGAAUAUAGCGCAGAGGGCGAGUUUGUUCCCGGCGGACUGGCGCUGGCAGGCGCCAUGUUGGCCACCCUGGUCUCUGAGGACACCAGCUGUCUGCCCCACCAGCUUUGCCGGCUCAACAGCCGCGCGCAGCGAGCUGGCUACCCCUACAGCUACGUGGUGCGCGUGGCCAGUCUACCGCUGUCGUGGGUACUGAUGAAGACUACCGGAGAGCCAAUGACGAGUCUCUGCGCUGGUAUGACGUCACUGGCGACCAAUGGACGCAGUUGUGACGUCAGUUUUCCGCGCUGCGCCUUCAAAUAGUGCCUCGACUCGACUUUGAUCCAUGAAGUGUUAUCCUUUGUUACGGAUGCGAGGACAUUACAAAGAACGCAUCAGUGAUAUCUAUAGCUGAGCGGCAUUGCAUUUAGUGUAUUAACUCAAACUUUUGCCUCGUUUCCCAUAAAGUUGAAGGAAUGGACGAAUGGUUGUUGCCCAUGCUUUUAUUUCUACAAAUGUCGCGUCUUAAUAACUCCGUGUUGAGUUGAGACGGGAUCUAAAGACUUGCAACGACUCGCUACAUGCAACCGAAUAUUCGCUUAUCGGCAUGUAACCUUGAACUUUAAACGUUUAUGUAUCACAAUUAUUCGAAGUGAUACAUUGGCAUUUCCAGGUAGCCGUAGCAAAUAAUUUUUUUUCGCAGUGCCUUUCCGCAUCGCGUUUUAGAAGCAACCUGUGGCCCCGUAUCGGUAUUAUCGUUGGCAUUAUUUUUCAUUGUGCAGAGUGGAUUGUAACAUGUUCGUAGGUUUUGAUACAGAUAUUUUAGCGUUAUAUUAUUUGUUUGUGUCGGUCUGUUAUUGCUUGUUUAUUUAUAAGGCGGUAUUUAUUGCCGCGACGCAACGUGUCUACCACUGAACUAUUGACUGCUGUUCCCAGUUUAACCCGCGCCCUGCUGG